AUUGAACUAUUAAGAAAUCCGACGACCAGCCAACAGUUAGCAGCCUCUAUCUUCUCUAGCAUACUAUAAAUACAUGCAUGCAUGCGAAAACAUAAUUGAAAGAAGCCAAUUAGUUCUAGGGUUUAUCAUGAUUACACCAUUAGUCAAGGAGAUGAAGAUGAGCUUUCAAGCUCUAGGGUUUCUUCUUGUUCUUUCAUUCAUCCAUUCACAAGCUGCUGUCCUUCAGUACACUUUUAUGAUUCAAGAAACCAACUACACGAGGCUAUGCAGUAGCAAGAACAUUUUAACUGUUAAUGGACAAUUCCCAGGUCCAACAAUCACUGCUCGCAGAGGCGACACUGUCAUCGUUGACGUUAUCAACGGGGGCGACCACAAUAUCACAAUCCAUUGGCAUGGAGUGAAACAACCAAGGUACCCAUGGUCAGAUGGACCGGAGUUUGUGACACAAUGCCCGAUCCAACCGGGUGCUAACUUCAGCCAAAGGGUUUUGCUUUCCGAUGAAGAGGGGACAUUGUGGUGGCACGCGCAUAGCGAUUGGUCACGCGCCACCAUACACGGCCUAUUUGUCAUUUUACCUCGGCUGGGAACUACCUACCCUUUUACCAAACCUGACGCAGAAGUCCCUGUCGUUUUAGGGGAAUGGUGGCAGAACGAUAUACAAACAGUGUUCGAAGACUUCAUCACCGGCGGAGGAGAUCCCGCCAGCUCUGAUGCUCUUACUAUCAACGGUCAGCCUGGUGAUCUUUACAAUUGCUCUUCUUCAGAAACAACGAAAAUAAAAGUCGAUGAAGGAAAGACAUAUAUGCUCAGAAUGGUCAACGCCGCCAUGAACAACAUUGCCUUCUUCGCCAUCGCCAACCACUCACUCACCGUCGUUGGAGGCGACGGCGCCUACAUGAAACCACUCAUAUCCAAUUACAUCACCAUAGCCCCCGGCCAAACCCUAGACCUCCUCCUAACAGCUAACCAACCAGCCGGCGGCCGGUACUACAUGGCGGCCAAGCUCUUCAACGGCCAACCCAGCAGCCUAUUUGACAAUACCACAACCACCGCCAUUCUUGAAUACAACACCGGAAAUUUCACCCCAUCGUCCCAGGCGCCGGUGUUCCCUUCCCUUCCAGAUUUCAACGACAGUAACGCAUCAUUUAACUUCACUUCAAGUUUACGAAGUUUAGCCACCCCUGAACAUCCAAUCGACGUUCCAUUAAAUAUAAAAAAGACACUCCUCUACACUCUCUCCAUAAACACAGUGCCAUGUAGCGUCAAUGAGACAUGUUUAGGGCCAGGUGGGCGGCGGUUUGCAGCGAGCAUUAACAACAUAACUUUUGAUAUGCCGUCGACGUCGGUUCUCGGAGCUUACUACAGAGGAAUAAACGGUGUAUACGGGAAUGAUUUUCCAGAUGUUCCGCCAUUCAGAUUUAACUACACGGCUAGUAGUUUGAAUAGGUCGUUGCAGUUUCCGGAAACUGGGACGGAUGUGGAGAUGUUGAAGCAUAAUGAGACGGUGGAGCUGGUGUUUCAGGGGACGAAUUUGGUUGCCGGAGUUGAUCAUCCGAUGCAUUUGCAUGGGCAUAGUUUUUACGUGGUGGGAUCGGGAUUUGGUAACUUUAACAGGAAAAGAGACUCGUUGAAUUAUAAUUUGGUAGAUCCUCCUCUUAUGCAAACCAUUGCAGUUCCUCAGAAUGGUUGGACUGCCAUUAGAUUUAAGGCAGAUAAUCCUGGAGUCUGGUUCAUGCAUUGUCAUCUAGAACGUCAUGUCAGCUGGGGAAUGGGAAUGGUAUUUAUAGUAAGGAAUGGAAAGAGCUCAAAUGCUAGAAUCUUGCCUCCACCUCCCGACAUGCCUCCAUGUUAGAGCGCUUACAUAUUCUUUUAAAUUUGGAAGAGUUUUUUGCGUGGUUUUCUUUUAGUAUGAGAAAAACAAGUGUUGUGUAAAAGUAAUUUAAAUUUUACUUAAUUUGCUUUUGAGUUAUGUUUUCAAAUAUAAAAAAUAAGUUGGUUAAUGAAUCAUGAGUUACGAAAUGUAUCCAAAAAGUGUUUAAGUAUAUAAACUUGAGUUAGGAAA